CCUCAGCUCCAUGAUGGAUAGCGUUCCGACCGCUACGUAGCCACAGAGUGGGAGGGACUCCCCAUCUUCCAGCUUUUCCAUUGGUUUUACAGUCCGCUCGGCGAAGAGGGGGGGUGCCUCUAAUCAUAUCCAGCAUGUUUUGCACAAGAAAUGUCAGCCAGAAAGGGCUAUCUUCUCCCUUCGCCAAAAUACACCACAAUAAUGUCAUGUUCGGACAGCCCGUCAGGAAACGCGUUUUUGGUGGAUUCUCUGAUCAGUGGCCGCAGCGAGAGCGGCGGAGGUCACUACACUGGGAGCGCGGUGUGUGUGCCACAUAGCACUGCUACAGAAGUGCCUUACGGACUACACAACUAUGGAUACUUCCCAGGUAUGGGUAAGAGGAGCGAGGUGGGUCCUCAAAACAUGGUUUCCGCCUCAGGUGCGUACAUGUCCAGCAUGGAAAUGUGGAUGGACGCGCAGAGGUCAUGUCGAAUGGACCAAGAGCACCCGGUAGGUCCCCAGGUCGCGCCCUGCUCGUUCCCGCAGAAUAUUAAGGAAGAGAGCACCUACUGCCUGUACGAGCAGCCGAAGUGCCCAAAAGCCUCCACCGCAGAAGAUCUAACAUAUUCAAGGUUAACUACAGCCGGCCUGGGGUCGAGUUCUUGUACAGUUACCGAUGGCGGCGGCGGGGGCUCAGUGCCUGUGCCGGGCUACUUCCGCUUGUCUCAGACGCACGCACAUUCUCAUAAACUUUACAACACCAACGGCCCCCAGUCGAACCCUUCCCAUUCUCAUUUUGGCCUACACCCCACUGCUCCCGCUCGCUUCCACACGCCACCAACUUCGACUUCUGCUCCAGCCACGGCGCAGGAGGGCAGGAACACCGAGGAGCCCGUGUCCUCGGGAACCGCAGACCUGCAGGCUCGUGCUGCGUCGGGGAUCGAGGACGCGCGCGACUCUUCGGAUGGAGAAGCGUCCUCAGCAGACGAAGCAGAAGACAAUGAUAAAGAGAGACCAGCGAAGGCCAGUAAAGGAGACUCAAAAAGUGAAAACACAGCCAACUGGCUGACAGCAAAAAGCGGCCGAAAGAAACGGUGUCCAUACACCAAGCACCAGACACUAGAGCUGGAGAAGGAGUUCCUCUUCAACAUGUACCUGACCCGAGAGCGCCGCCUAGAGAUCAGUAAAAGCGUCCACCUGACGGACAGACAGGUAAAAAUCUGGUUCCAGAACCGCAGGAUGAAACUGAAGAAAAUGACGCGAGAAAACAGGAUCCGGGAGCUCACCGCCAACUACGGAUUUUCAUGAUGAACGAGGUGAUUUUACAUUGAAACAAAUGAAAAUAGUCAAAAAAGAAAUAAAUCAGUGACCCCCACCCCCCCAUCCCGCUCCCUUCUCCACCCCUCCCUCGCCACUUUGUCCACACCAAGACUCAUUUCGCUGUGGGGUGCAACUUUUUUCCUUCAAUUUCCAGACACGCUUAAUGUCAAUGCAUCGUCCUCUGUGAGCUACUGAGACAAGAAAAGGGAAAAAAUAAUUGAAUGUUAUUGGUUCUAUUUGGUUGUUUUCUGAUAUUGUGUUUUUGUAUUGUUCCUGUCACCUCUGUCGUAUGGUUGGAUAUUGUCGUCAGUGGAGUUAAAUCAGUGCAGUUUAAAAAUAAUGAUAAUAAUAAUAAUAAUAACAAUAAUAAUAAUAAUAAACCCAGUUGUGCCCUGGAAGGUGGUUGAAAUGGUCCACUUUUGCCCCACCGCUGCCCAGUAAUCUUAUAUCUAAAUUUAACCAAACUAUUAUAAAUCCAAUUUUAUUUUAAUUGGAAUUGCAUGGUAUGACAUUUUAAGAUAUUAUUUUAGCAAAUUUAAACCACUCUGGAAUAUAAUGCCCUUAUAUCACCAAGGGAAAAAUAAUUCACCCUUUGACCAUUAGAUGUAGUCAAAUCUAUGUAUGAGCUAAAUGUAUAAAUUGAAUCUUUAUCACGCUGAGGACGUUUACACGAAAACAAGUGUGUACAAAGUGAAGGAGGAAUGUUUCUAUUGUAUAUUUCUGUGUACAUAUGACAUUGUGUUUUUGUGUAAUGCUUAAUAAAUUAUCAGCUCGCACUGAAAAGUAGCUGCUUGCA